AUCUGGGCACACUAAAUGGCACCAAAAAUUAUUAAUAUUUUGUAAAUUUACGUAUUUCCCUAAAAUUUACUGACUAAAAUGCAUCGAUCCCACCCGAGUAUCAGUCGCCGCAAGCACCUCAUAAAGGAGAUGAUGGAGGAUGACUUUGCGCUGCCCACCGAGCAACAGAAAAUCGUGCGGGUGGUCAGCAGCCGUGGAAACAAUCUCCACGAGGUGGAAGCGGCCACCAACGAGGAGAACUUUCUGGUCUCCAUGCCCAAUAAAUUCCGGAAAAGUAUGUGGGUGAAACGAGGCGAUUUCCUGCUGAUUGAACCCAUCGAGGAGGGCGACAAAGUCAAAGCAGAAAUCUGCAAAAUCCUUACCACUGAGCAUGUCAAGGAAUACACCAAAGCUGGAAUCUGGCCAGUGAAGUUCACCAAAAAAUCUGGCCAGGAAGAAAUCUCCGCUCAAAAUCAAGAUGACUCCGAUUUCGAAGAUGAUCUUCCGCCCAACACAAAUCGGCCUGUAAUAAAUCAAGAAUCCUCCGGGGAGGAUGAAGAUGACACAUCCAGCAGCGAUGAAGACUGACAUUCCCCAAUUGAUUUAAACUUAGUUAAGGUUUUUUUUAAUGGUGCAUCUCUGAGAAAUGUGGCAUCGAAGCAUGUUUGUUAUUCCUGCUUCUGAUGAAGAGUCGUAAUUUAGUUUAAAUUUAAUAAAAAAUCAAAGAAUUUAAA